CGAAGCUGAAGUGCGCACAUGUCGGUGCGCAUUCGUGACGAGUAGCAGCAGCUCAAGUCUUCGAAGAUGCGUACUUUCGGGGCUUUCCUUCUCGUCGUGAUAAGCGUCGUUAGCGGCGACGUCCAAGAGCGCGGCCACAGCUACGUGACCAAAAAUGUGACGGUUGAAAACGGUGCCUGCGUGUAUCAGCGCAACAUCAUUCCGGACGGUGAAACCAAAGCGCUCAACAAUCCGUGCAUCCUUUCCACGUGCUACGCGGCCGACCGUAAGGUGAACUCUACUCUCUGCCCGAACAUUGGAGUCGAUGAGGGCUGCCACGUGGAGUGGACCCCCGACGGCGUAUACCCGAACUGCUGCCCGAAGCACGUGUGCCCUGCGGCUCCUGCUACGGCCUAAGGUGGACACGUCUCCCAUAAAAAGAAAACGAAG